GAAUAAAGAGGAGGAAGAGAUACUUCUUGCUGAGGUAGAGAAGCUGCGGACUGCAGGUGCCACCGUCCUACCCCCCGGGGUCUUAAGGCAACCGCAAAGUGAAAAGGUGAUAGGAAGUGUUGUGGCAAGUCAAACUCUUUCGUUUUGGCUCGAAGGUUUAGGCAACAAGGAAGCAUUAUCCUUCCUUGACAACUUUGUUGGCUGGCGGCCUGGGUUACGCUUGUCGAAGGAAGAGGAAGAUCCCUUUCAUCGUUUCUCUAGGGCCCACGAACACCAGCCUUUGAAACCAUGA